AUGACAAGGAGAAUAGGAAAAGUUCUAAUAGCAAGGCGAAUCCUAGCUCCAAGCUGUCUACUCCGUCAGAAUCGCCUUUUAUUUCGGUUUUCUGGACUGUGCAUCUAUUUUGGUGAUUGUGCUGAUUUUGAGUCUUGUACAGUUUACAAGAGACCAACUGCUGAGAGAAGGAAGAGUAAAGAGAAGGGAGUUGCUGAGCCGUUGAGUUGCAUUUUUGGAACUAGGAUUCCCGACUUAAGGAAAAAGGAUGGAGAUGGUGAUAUUGGUAUAUCCAAAUCAUGUCCAAUGCCACACAAAAAGAAGCAACGCCGAGUGAAGGCUGAGAUAAAUGCUUCCAAGCAUGAUUUGCCCCAAGAUUUCAUCGACAAACAAAGAGCAUAUUUUGCAGAGGUUGAUGCAUUUGAACUGGAAGAGGAGGUCGAAGCAGGUAAUGAGUCAAACUAGAUGGAAAAAUGUAUAGAACUGAAUGAUUUAGGAUAAUGCAAAUUAAGUGGAUCUAACACUGUAAAACUCUCUGUCCAUAGUUACCAAAAUAAUCAUCUCACCUUAGCCAUAUCAUCACCAUUAUAGUCUUGCUUUCCACUAGUUUUAUAUUGUAUAUGACAUUAUAUGUUCCUAUGUUUAGAAAAAGGGUUUUUGAUUCC